AAAAAAGGUUAAGGUUUGGGUCAAAUGUUUUUCCUUCAUGCAACGCAGAGGUCCUUCCAAAGCUCUUUGAGAAAUGGAAGAUCACCCGGUUGACUUUCGAGGUUGUUACAGAGCCGUAUAGUCAGAGUAUAGACAAUGGGGUCAUGAAGUUGGCAGAGGAAUAUGGGAAAAGACUUAUUGACGAGAACAACUGCAAGCCUCCCAUGACUUACGUUCACUUCUGUGGUGAAGGCCAUCGGUCCUACUAAAAAACCUGUUCCAAUCAAAGAGGACAUGAAAGGUAUCUUUUUGGACAUCAUGCUACAUGAGAAGAGACUGUAGCUGGGUUUUCUCUCCUCAGUAAUGCCUCUUUCCCUGGAAGGUGUGUCCACUUCAUUUUCUGAGUACCAUGAAGAGGAGUUUGGGAUUCCAACUCUUGAAGAUCUUGGACUGGAUACAUCAUCCUUAGGACCAGAUCUGUUCCUGGGGGGUGAACAAGAAGCUCUGCACAGACUGGAUGAGCACAUGCAGAGAACGGUGUGGGUGUGCAAGCUUAAAAAAACACAAACAUUCCUCAACUCCAUGAGCCCCAGCACCCCCGUCCUGAGCCCAUACAUCCGAUUCGGCUGCUCGUCUGCAUGCACCUUCUGGUGGUGCAGUGAUCAACAUAUUUUCAGCUCAUUAAAAUUGGCAGCUUGGUUUUUGGACUAACAAGUCGAGAACUCUUGAGGAUGUAGAUAUUAGUGGGCCUGGUCUUGACUCUAACUUCGGCAUACAUGUGAUUUUAAUCAUUAAAAAUAAAGACAGUGAUCAAUUUAAUCCCAGUCACUCUUUUAUUCACCCAUUUAAAGACAAAUCAAACAGUUAUCUGGCCUGCUGAUUGCAGAAAUGAUUUAUGAACAUUAUUCUCACCUUUUCAGGUGAUUUGAAACCUUCUGCCCCCAGUAAACAUCACAUUUGACAAUCAAAUUUAAAAAAAAAUGAAAAGAAAA